UCGAAAAGAUCUGUAUAUGUUACUUAUAUCACAAACGCGAAUGGAUUUCUUCUCUUUCUUUCGCGAGACUCCAUCGAAGAAUGUCCAAUUCGGUGAUUCGGUAUUCACUGGCGGAUGUCGCAAAGUGCAAUGGUACAAACGGAUCUAGAACUUGGAUUGUGAUUUAUGAUAACGUUUACGAUGUAACGGAUUACAUGGCUCAGCAUCCUGGCGGUCCAGAAUUAAUUGAGGAAUAUGCGGGAAAGGAUGCGACAGAUGGAUUCGACGAUUUUGGUCACUCAUCAGACGCAAAAAAGAUACUUAAAGAAUAUUUAAUUGGUGAACUUAAAGAUGAAGAUAAAAAGGUCAAUAGAAAGAAAAAGCGUAUUGUUGCUAAUGGAAUAAAAGUUGAACGAACGGAUAAACGAAGAACCUUCUUAGCAAUAUUAUGCGGCAAAUGUACAUCUUGAAGAAUGCAGUAUUUUGAGAGAUUUAAGAUAUAUUAUUUUAUUUAUUAAGUCAUUGUAAUAUCUAUACAUGAUAUCGCCCAUGACGAUAAGCGCGUAAUUCCGAUAAGAAUCAUUAAUUAUAUCGUAGUAUUAAAUACAAUCCGCUUAUCACAUACGUGACAUUAGAGAUCUUUAAAAACGAAAAAGGAAAAUCAAUCAUUAUGUCUGUGCGAAUACAAAUGAGUCAUGCGUCAUUUGCUUAUCGCUUUUACAGACUUAUAACAAGCAAGCUUUGCGGAAUUUUCAAUGUUUAAUUAUAUAAUUAAAUUAAU